ACAAUAUCAAGGGCAAUAAUUAACAGUUAUGAUUUUAUUGUCAUUUGUAUGAUCUUAUGCAGUUCUCAUUGGUUUUGUGGUAAAAGACAGAGCAUAUUUAUUUAAUAUGGUAAAAAUACAUAACAGUGCUUAUGGAAAUAAAUUAUAGGUGAAAAGUAUUGCCCCUCAAUAAAAUAUGAACUUGUUUUUCUCAGCAGUAUUAAAUAUCUGCAAGCAUUGCAUUCUUCUUUAUUUUGACCAGAUUGGCUAGUUUCGGUUCUCUGCAAAUAAAUGCAAAGAACUUUCUUAUUUGUUUGAAAUUUGGGAGAAGUGUUUUCACUAAUUCACAGAAUGAAUCAAAAAGAUAAUUUAUCUAAACACCCUUCAUCUAUAGCUGCCCUGCGUGAGAAAAUGCAUGUGUGUCAAUUGUGUUUUACCCUGAAAAAUCCUCCUCAAUGACUCAAAAACAACGUUUUUCUUUGUGGCUUCUGCAUUCUUCUGCAGAACAAGAUCCUAAAAGUUGAAAAACCAUCAUUCAUUUCACCUGUACAAGUCACAUGUGAUGUUACUGAUGUAACUGAUGUCUGUGUUCUGCAGACGAUCUCGUGGUGAUAGAAACAUGAUUCAUCUCAUCUGAGGAAGCUGUGAAGGGUUUUACUGUUAUCUGUGUUCUGCAGAUGUUCUCUUGGUCAUAAAUACAUGAUUCAUCUAGUUUCUGAACCCUAUAAAAGAGAAUCUUCUGUACAGUGAAAGAGAAAACUGUUGUAUUAGUGACAGCGUUGCGUCAUAUAGGACGAUACAAGAACAGUGAGUUUUUAAGGGUUUGCACAUCAGUAUAAUGUGAUUCUAUUCUAAUUGUCAUAAACCCAUCCAGACCUUUUACAGAAGCUUUAUUACCAAGGAUAGCAGUGACGUAAUGACUGAAUAUUUAUUUUUUUAAGUAAUUAAACAUUUACAUGUUUAUAACUAUUUCUUGUUCUUCUUAUUUUUUUAGAUGAGUGAAUCUAAACUCCAGCAGAAGUAAAUCCAGAUUACUUAAAUACAUUAAAUUGUCUCCAUAAUAAUUUGCUUAAUUGUUUUCCUGUAAAAGCAUCUACUAAAUGCAUAAAUUAUAUGAAUUAUUUGUUUUGAUCAAAACUGAAUGCAAAAUAAAGUGAAUAUAUUUGUGUGUUGUUCCUGCAGCAGUGACGUGAGAAUCGGACAUUCUCUGAACACACAAGAGGAGACGUUUGUAAAGACAAGACUACAAACUGUUCAAGAAUGUCUGAAGAAUCUCGGGAUAGUGUGCAGUCCGGAUAAAGUGCCAAAGAUCGCACUGUUGGGUUCUGGAGGAGGAGAACGAGCCAUGCUGGGUUUACUGGGAUCUCUGGAUGGAUUUAAAGAGACGGGUCUUCUGGACUGUGUUCUCUAUCUGAGCGGAGUCUCUGGAUCCACCUGGUGUAUGGCGUCUUUAUAUCAGGACUCAGACUGGUCCACCAAACUGGACUCAGUGAGAGAGAAGAUCAUCCAGAGACUCAAGGGUCCUGCUGUGAGCUGGAGUGAAAUUGGUUCAGAACUGAUGAAAUAUUACUUGGAGAAAGACCUCUUAAGUUUAACCGAUAUUUGGGCGGUGCUGGUCGUCACUUUAUUUGUGAAAGAGAUAGAUAAUGGCAAACUUUCACAGCAGCGGGGUCACAAUGAUAAAAACCCAUUUCCCAUCUACACUGUGAUUGACAAGCAAUGCAGACAACGUCUCCAUGAAAGAGGCGUCUUUUUUGAGAUCAGCCCAUAUGAAGCCGGUUAUUCUCUCACUGGAGCGUUUGUGGAUAACUCCAUGUUUGGCAGUCAGUUUGAGAAAGGCUCUAUGAUAAAGGAUCAGCCUGAAAUGGACAUGCUCUACCUGCAGGGUCUGUGUGGCAGUUGUCUGGCUGAUGGAGAGUUCAUCAUAAAACUUAUUUUGCAAGAGAUAAAAAAGUUCUUUCAUCACAUAACACAUGAAAAAGAAGCAGUAUGUGGCAAAACCUCUCAAGAAGGGACCGCAUCUGCAGACGCUGGCUUCCAGAUUCUCGUGUCUCUUGUGGAAAUGCAUUUAUCAGUGUUGAAAGAAAAAGACCUUUCUGUUCAAGAAACCACCAUCAGAACAAAGCUGAAAGAACUCACUGGAGAUGAAAGUUGGCUCGUGAAAAUGGCAAAUACGACCGGUGAUAAUUUCAUAAACAUCAAGCAGUUCACCCUGGAAGUGCUAAAGUGUUUGAAGUCUUGGUUCAGUUCUUGGUGGGACGGUAUUUUGGACGCCAUUAUUAAGUGCGUGAUGGAAUGGAUCUGGGGCAGAAAAUACAACUUUCUGUACAAGAUGGAAGGAGUGCACGCCGCUAUUCUGAAGAGUGAGACGAGAGAUUAUGAAGACGCUGGUAUUGCGCUCAACUCACCGUACAUCUCGAUGCUGAGACAGGAGAGAGACGUUGACCUCAUCAUUUCUCUGGAUUUCAGCGGCGGACAUCAUUUUGAGACUUUAACAUACGCUUCUGAAAUAUGUGGGGAUCUAGACAUCCCUUUCCCUGAGGUCGAUGUAUCCAGUGAGGACCCAAAGAAACCAAAAGACUUUUAUGUGUUUGAAGGCAAAGGAGAAGAACCGACCGUGAUACACAUCCCUCUCUUCAACACGGUGAACUGUGGAGCAGAUAAACUUGAGGAGUGGAGAGAGAAAUAUACCACCAUUCAACUUCCCUACAGCGCUGAACUGAUCGAUCCUCUUGUUGAAGUCUCUGGCAAAAACAUCACAAACAACAAAGAGAAACUGGUGAAAGAGAUUCAAAAGAUCUUCGAUAGAAAGCACAAAUAGAAAGACAACUGAUGGCAAUCUGAAUAACCCAGUAAUUUUAUCAUCAUUUCUUCCUUUAUCAUCACUUCAUGAAUCACUUUUUCAUUGAGUGUGAUUUUAUGUUCCAUUAUAAGAUCAGAAUGUUUCUCUUCAGCUUUGGCAUGUUAAAACUGUUUCUGUAGUUUCUCAUAAGCCGCUGUU